AACUUUGACGGUUGCGCUUUGGAUAAACAUUGAUACAUAAUAACAAAAUAAAAUCAUUGCUUUCCAAUAGUUGGACUGUUGAGUUAAUUAGAUCUACGACUAGUUGGUGCAUGAUUCUUCCCUGAAGUCGUGUGGUGAACAAUACAGAUUGGAUUUCAUUCAGGUUUUAACGAUACUUUGGACCGGUUAUGGCUAAGAAAGUUACUAAGGAAAAAGCUGGGUCUAAAAGACCAAUUCCAAAAACAGCAAAAUAUCAAACAAUCUUCAAACCAGUCAUUUACUUGCUGGUUUUAAUCGUAGCAAUUUUAUAUGCGCCUUUUAUGAAAUCUUUGAAUUUUAGAUCUCGACAAUAUACAGAUUACCUGGCUGAAUCUUUUGAUGGUCCUUAUGCUGAAAAUGACAUUCUAUCUAAAGCCACCAAAUUGUUUACUGAUGAAGUUGAAGGUCCAGAAAGUUUAGCUCCGUUCGAAGGUAAAGUCUAUGUAGGACUUCAGGAUGGUCGAAUCUUGCAAAUUUCUGACGAUAAAUACACUACUUUUACUACUGUUGGAAUAUCUAAUGGAACUUGUCCAGCCUGGCAAGAAAAACGUUGUGGGCGACCUUUGGGUAACAGAGUCACAUCCAAAGGAGAUUUGUAUACUAUUGAUGCUUAUCACGGCGUUUUAAAGACUUCGAUCAAAGCGCCGUCUCCUAAACCGGAAUUAGUUAUGUCAUCAGAUCUUUUAAUUGAGGGCAAUUCAAGUAAAUUUCUCGAUGAUUUGGUUAUUGAUGAAGGUGCUGGAACAUCUGGUGGUAAUGUCAUCUACAUGACAGAUGCAAGCUCACACUUUGAUCUCAGUGAAGUUGUACCAACAAUGUUGGAUCAAGACGAUACAGGGCGAGUGAUUCAAUACGACGAAGUUGCCAAAAAGGCGACUGUUAUAAUGAAAGGUUUACUCUUCCCGAAUGGAAUUGAAUUAACUGACGAUAAAACAUCUAUUUUGGUAUGUGAAAUAACAAACAAACGAAUUCUUCGCCAUUAUGUUAAAGGACCAAAAGCAGGAACAACCGAAGUUUUAAUUGAUCGUUUACCAGGUGAACCAGAUAAUAUUAGACGAUCAACUCGAAAAGAUAAAGAAACUUAUUGGGUGGCACUUGCUAUCGCUCGGACUACCCAGAACCCAGACCUGAUUGAUUGGGGUGAAAAUAAACCUUUUCUUCGGAAUUUCGCCCUUCGAACAAUUUACGCUGUCGGUAAUUUAGUUCAAUUUUUUGGUCAAUUGAUACAAUCACCUGACUUGACAUUGAAAGGAUGGGAAAUUAAAACCUUUAAAUUAUUCAAUUUGUUCACAUUCCGAGGAAUGGCCUUAGAAAUAGAUGUUUCUGGUAAAAUUGUCUCCUGCCUUCAUUCACCCGAUGGUUCAAUAACACUAUUAUCAGAAGUUAGAGAAGUGAUUGAAGGCAAUUCUAGAGUUUUAUAUUUAGGCUCAGUUUACAACAAAUACAUUGGUAAGCUUGUUUUAAGCUAAUCUUUUAAAGUUUGAUCUCAUAGAUGAACAAAGUGGAAUCCUCGCAUGUAAAACUCAUGGACCACUGAAAGCAAAAUAUGUGCAAUUCACAUUCCAGUUUUUAACCAUAACCAAAUUACAAAUUAUGAAUGUUAUCUCAUAAUAACUUCAGAACUCUAAACUAUUACUAUUUUCUAAUGCUAUUUUUUAACGAAAACGACUUGUUUGACCAAUUAUUUUAUUGAUCAAAUGCUAUGAUCCACUUUGACUCAAGAAUAACCGUAUGAAAUACUCAUAAAUAAAAAAAAAUUCAAAAAAUUCUAUUGUUUAUCACCAAA